GAACGAUGAUGAUUAUGUUAACAAUAAUAAAUAAGAAAAUAAUAAAAUACACGUUAUGUGCUUCAUAUAAUAACACGUGCAACCAAAACGAACAGCGCGCGCGCGAGAAAGUCUUAAAAAAAACAAUAAGCGCUUGCUUAUUAAAUCGAAAGCAAAUGGAACGUCAAUGAGAAUAACUUUGCUAUGGUGUGAAAGUGUUCCACAUUUUCGGAAACUGCAUUAUUACGUUAUUAUGCGAGAUACUGUAAACUUCUCUCAUGAUAGUAGCAUAAUUUGUUAAUGAUUAAUUAACUUUACAAGAGAAAGUUUUUCGAUAUAAUCAAUAUCACCGCGCAAUCGAAAAGGUCAACCUCUUCUCCUAUAAAUCAUCGUUGUUUAUGAAAAUGCGCAGGAAUCCAAAAGUUCGAUCGCUGAAUGAACAGUCCUCGUCGUUUCGCAAGAUGGUGCAGCAAAAUGCAGUGAUCGUGAGAAAUGCUGUCAAGUUUUAUGUACCGGAGAAACCAAUACUCAACGGUCUGAACAUGACUGUCCCGAAGGGUACCAUAUACGGACUCUUGGGUGCAAGCGGAUGCGGCAAGACGACCCUGUUAUCCUGCGUCGUCGGAGUUAAGCACAUCGACACGGGAGAGAUAUGGGUUCUGGGAGGGAAACCAGGCCAACAGGGCUCCGGAAUCCCUGGACCUCGUGUAGGCUACAUGCCGCAGGAGAUAGGCUUGGUCGGAGAGUUCUCCAUGAGCGGUGCCCUCUAUUACUUCGGCAGGAUUAAUGGACUCGAGGACGAAGAGAUCGAGACAAGACAGAAAUUCCUCUCGGAAUUGCUCCAGCUACCCCCGGCAAAUCAUCUAGUAAAAAACAUGAGCGGAGGUCAACAAAGGAGGGUUUCCUUCGCCGCUGCGAUGAUUCACUGUCCCGAAUUGUUGAUUUUGGACGAACCCACUGUAGGCAUGGAUCCAAUUUUAAGCAACAACAUUUGGAUCUAUCUAACCAAGAUCACUAAGGAGGAAGGCAUCACCGUGUUAAUUACGACGCAUUAUAUUCAAGAGGCUAAAGAUUCUAAUGUGAUUGGUUUGAUGAGAAGUGGUAAAUUGUUGGCGGAAUCGUCGCCGCAGGAAUUGCUUGAACGAUUUCAAUGCUCGUCUUUGGAGGAAGCAUUCCUGGGACUGUGCCAGGCACAAAACAGUAUGAUGUUGGCAGGUGCUUCGCAGGUGGUCGAACCAAUCAAAAAUACGGAAGAUGACGCAUGUCAUCAAGAGGAAGAUAGUUAUAAACGAAUGAAAGAUCGAAUCGCAGAGUACAAAGCGAGAUUGGCAUAUAAAGUCUCGCCAACGAGAAGAUUCAAGGCUUUGAUGGGGAAGAAUGCCAUACAAUUUUUCCGCUUUUAUUCAGGUAUAAUUUUCGCGGUAAUAUUCCCACUGUUACAAAUCAGCUCAUUUUUUAUUGGAGUCGGUGGGGAUCCGAAAAAUUUGAAGAUUGGUAUCAUCAAUCACGAAGCUGGCAAUUGCGAUUACGGUAACAAUAUCGGUAGUGUCUUGUACGACGAGGAGAACUUCUCCUGUCACUUUAGUAAUCUCAGCUGUAGAUUUCUUCAUGGGUAUGGCGAUUCUAUCGCAGAGCAGAAAUUUUAUGACGAUAUGUCUGACGCGACUCACGAUAUUCGCGACGGUGAACUCGUCGGCGUGAUGUAUUUCCAUCACAACUUCUCUGAAGCAUUACAGAGACGAACUGAAGACUUCGUAAACGCUAGGACAGAAGAUAUUGUGUCCGGUAAAAUUGACGUAUUUCUCGAUAUGGGUGACAUGCAAAUUGGGCAAUAUAUGGAGAAAAAGCUGUACGAACGUUUCUUUGAGAUUUACAAAGAUGUGUUGAAAGAAUGUAAAUAUCCACCAAAAUUUGGCAAUAUACCCAUUCGAUUCGAGGAUGCGGUUUAUAGUGAUAUGGAUCAUGGUUAUGACUAUUUUGUCGCACCCAGUUUCAUAAUGAUAUUGCUCUUUUUUUUGUCUACCACAGUCUCCACUUCCUUGAUAAUCACAGAUCGAUCGGAGGGUGUUUGGGAUCGAAGUCUAGUUCAAGGUGUCAAGAACGGAGAAAUCCUGUUAGCUCAUAUUCUCACUCAGACUAGCCUCGUAAUUAUCCACGUUACAUUGACAAUGAUCCUAUUCUUUCCUAUAUGGGACUUGGUCUGUGAAGGGUCAUAUAUCCUUGUAUUCUUCAUCAUGUUUCUUUCCGGUCUUACUGGACUAAUGUACGGAUUUUUCAUCUCCGUUACAUGCAAAGAUCAUACUAUGGCGAAUUAUGCUUCGACUGGUAGUUUUUUUCCGUUAAUAAUAAUAAGCGCAUCUAUAUGGCCGAUAGAGGGAAUGCCAGAUGUACUUCGCUAUUUCAGCUACUGUACGCCAACGACCUUGCCUUCUAUAGCCUUGAGAGCGGUCAUUUUCAAGGGUUAUGCCUUGGACAAAGAGGAAGUUUUCACUGGUGUUCUAGUGAGUUGCGCAUACAUAUCGAUGUUAUUUAUUUUCGUAUUAAUCGGUCUAAAAUUGAAAUCUUAAAAGAAGCAUUUAGAAAAUAAAGGAAAUAUAUUUGAAAGAAAAACAACAAUGCCUCGCAAUUAAUUAAGAAUACGAUUCAGUUAGAUAAAGGUAUAAAGUAUUUCAUCAAACUCGAGUUAAAGUAUAUUUAUUUGAUGGUACAAAAGAAUAAGUAAAUAUUUUAUUUCUUUGAAUAAUUACGAAAAAUUAUUUACUUCGAAAGAGUAAAUAUAAUAUACGAUAUUUUUCUUUAUUUAACUUUAUUUAAGUUUAAAAAUUUCUUUUCUUGACGAGAAGUUCUAUCAAGUGAAAUUUUAUUUCUUCAAAUUAAAAAAAUUCUAUUUUACACGUUUCUUCCCUUUUUUUCUUAUAAUAGAAACUGUCUGUAAAUUUCAUUGCAUCGCCUUAUUAAUUAAUAAUUUUUUUUUUUAGAAUAAGCUGAUGUUAUUUGUAAUUCCAAUUUGUAAAUGCAUGUAAAUUGAAAAUAUUUGAUAUUUUUUUUUCGAAAAUAUUUAAUUUAUUUUUAAAUACCAAAUAAA